ACGGGUUACGUGUUACUACGUAACACGUCACAUGGCUCAACUUCCUAAGAAGUCGGACAUUUUGAGAUCAUCGAGUGGCAGAUAAGCUAAUUUUGAUCUUUAUUUAAACCUUAAAUAUAAUCUGAUGUGUUCAGGUUUAAACUCAGGUUCAGUUAUUGAGUGAAAACACCAACAGACUCAGACAUUUAGAACAAACUAAGAGUCAGAUCAGCAGAAACAGAGAACACGGACAUGUCUGCUGUAACUGCGUCACUCUGCUCCACGCUGAUGUUUGUCCUGUUCGUCUCUGCAGACCAGAAAAACAUCACAGCUGAGUCUGGACAGGACGUCACUCUGACAUGUCGAGCUCCAAACAACAACAUCAUCAGUUUAGAGUGGAGCAGAGCUGACCUGGGAGAUGAAUAUGUGCUUUUGUACCGGGAUGGAAAGUUUGUUCCAGCCAACCAGCAUCCAUCUUUUAAGAACCGGGUGGAUCUGCAGGACAGACAGAUGAAGGAUGGAGACGUGUCUUUGAUUCUGAAGGAUGUGACGAUUAAUGAUGCUGGAACAUAUGAGUGUGGUGUCGUCCAGACAGGAACAGAGCAUUUGAAUCCCAUCAACACCACCAACCUUCAUGUUGUUCCUCCAGGUCAGACAGGAGGACAAGAGAAGGAUGAAGACAACAAAGAUGGAGGAAAGGAAGACAGGUGGACUGCUGGACUGAUAGUUGGUCUGUCAGUUCUUGUUGCUGCUGUUGUUGGUUUCCUGAUCUACAGAAGAUGUAAACUGAAUCCUGCUGAUCCACAUGUAGCAGAGCGUCUUCAGCAUGAUUGUCAAAAAAACAUCACAGCUGAGUCUGGACAGAAGAACAUCACUCUUCUAUGCCGAGCUCCAAACAACGGAUACCCUCAGAUGACUGUAGAGUGGAGCAGACUUGACCUGGGGGAUCGAUAUGUGCUUUUGUAUCGGGACAGUCACUUUAAUUCACACAACCAGCAUCCAUCUUUUAAGAACCGGGUGGAUCUGCGGGACAGACAGAUGAAGGAUGGAGACGUGUCUUUGAUUCUGAUGAAUGUGACGAUUAAUGACACUGGAACAUACGAGUGUGGUGUCGUCCAGAAAGAAGGUUUAAAGCUCAUCAACAGCACCAACCUUCAUGUUGAUCCUCCAGGUCAGACAGGAGGACAAGAGAAGGAUGAAGACAAAGAGAAGAAGGAGGAUGGAUCUGUUGGACUGAUUGCUGGUCUGAUAGUUUCUUCUGUUCUUCUUGUUGCUGCUGUUGUUGGAUUUUUGAUCUACAGAAAAUAUAAACAACAGCAGAGUGAGGAAACAAGCCAGCCUCCUGUUGAGCUGCAGCAGGCUGAAAUGUCUCAGAGUUCUUCCAACUUUGAUUCUGCUGCUGCUGUUCAGAGUUCUGGGUGUUGUCAGUGUUUAAAAUCCUGCAGAAACAGAUGAACUGAGCACAGACAGCAGGCCCACAGUACUGUAGGUUUAUUUCAUUUUAAUCUUUAAUGGCUGCUUCUGUUUCUGCUGACAGCUCAUCUCAGUGGACGACUUUCAUCUUUAAAACAAGUCUUUAUAUUUCAGCUCUGUAGUUCACUGGAACAUCCAGAGGGCUGUGACUACAAAUCAGCUUCAACACAGUCAGACUUUCUUUGUGUUAGCUGGCUCAACUAAACCUGAAACUGCAGUCAGAGACAGCAGGUAUCACCAUGGUGAUUAUCAACUUCCUCUGUUACCCUGGCUCUCUGCUUCAGGCUCUGAGCACGCUCAGAUGAAAAGGAGCGUUUCAUGUGUCAUGUGACUUUUCCUCUACACAAAAUGAUCCCUGUGAGCGCCACUCAGUCCAAUCAGAGGCAUUACUCAUUGAUAACUUCACUAAUGUCUCCACUAAAUGAAUACAGGUACAUUGUGACAAUGAGAUGUGCAGUUUAGCUUCAUUCAGUGUUUUCAGUAAGUUACAGUUUAACAAGCUGCACAUAUAAAACAUUUCAUCCAGCAGAGAAUCUGCAUCACAGUGAAAACGUGGCUCUAACAGCUGAUUUAAAAACAAAACUCUGAACAUGACCUGCUCCUGACCAGGUGAUGUUUCACCAUCAGUUACCAUGGUGAUUUAGCCUCUUUCUGACACAGAAAGCUCUGACUUUGAGUGUGACACAGCUCACUGAGACAUUACUCUGGUUUUGUUGUGCUCUGAGGUUCAGUUUUUCAAAAUUAGAAAAUCUCAAAGUAAAACGCUUUAAAACUCUACAGCUGCUGUCAGCAAAAAUAACUUUUAACUCUUCAAACAAAUGAAAUCAACACUUGAACAUUUUUCACUUUGAUGGUUUUGUUUCCACUGACUGUAGUUACAUCAUUUUGAGCUCAGAUUACACAUUUAUGAAAUAUGUUCACAACUUAAUCUGAUGUGUGAUUUCAGUUUCUCCUUGUCUUUGUGAUGUGUGGUUUGUUUACCCUCAGUAUCCAUGAGCAGUGUCACAGACCUGGGAUCAGUGUUUUUGUUUAUAAGAUCAAAUAUGACCUCAUCAUGUGAGUUUAAGCUUUGGACCACAAAACUUCAACAACACUAAUCCUCAAUCAGCUGUUUCACUAAAAUUACAUCCAAGUACAAACUGAUCCCAUCGUUCAUGCAUCAAUUUGUAGCUGACAGAUGGUUGCCUAGGUAACCCUCUAAUGUAUUUACUGCUGGUACAUUCAUCACUCAGCAGUACGAUUUAAUCUGAUUGGUUGUCACUUCAAUAGUUCUCAAGUAAAGAAAAGUUUACCUCAGUACUCGCUCACUUCAAAUCACUGAUCAGUUAUUUCCUCGUCUGAGUUUCGUUGACCUUUCGUGACCUCUGACUGCUGCUGGUCUCUUUGUGUGAACACUUUUCACUGAAACUGGAAA